UUCGUGCAUUCACCUAAGCGUGUCUUUCAACUCUCUUUACACCUUCUCACAUUUCUCGUCCAGUUAGUUUUGGAUUACUAUACUAUAAACACACGCUAUCCGUCCUACAAGUUUCAAAUUUUCUUUUGAGAAAGGAACGACGAACCUAGAACCUAGAUGUGUUCAGUUACACAAUACCACAAACGCUUGAAGAGAUUUGUUCAGACCUAACCGAAUGGUCAGAUGAUUUAUGGAUCACAUUUUUACCUGUUUGAAAUAUUCAUUAACCUUUUGGUCUCUUUUAUAACGAGUAAACUUUUUCCUAAGUGUUAUUACUUAUGCUGAUAAGUUGUUUGUGAACAAGGGACAAUGUAAAUAUUGGACAAUCAAACGACGAGUGGUGGGGUGGGGAUCUAUGUUUACAUGGACAGUCUGUGAAGAUUCGAUUUAAAAGUUCAUUUGUUGAAUGUUUUAUCGUGAUAAAUAAUUAAUAUACAUUUUUUAAUUAUCAACAACAUGUUGUCUCGUACUUUAAGCGUAUUUUCUAUGAGAAGUAGAAAAUCAUCUUCUUCUUCUUCGAUUACUAAUAAUACCGAGGAUGAUAAUCAAGUUCUAUGCAGCGACCGUGUGAGCCAAAUGACCAAGACCUAUAAUGACAUUGAGGCAGUUACAAGGCUUCUGGAAGAAAAAGAAAAAGAUUUGGAAUUGACGGCACGCAUUGGUAAAGAACUGCUGACGCACAAUCAAAAACUUGAGAGUACUGUUAACGCCCUAGAAUCAGAUUUGAAAGAGGCAAACGAAAAGAUCACACAAUUGAAUCAUGAAUUAUACAAGAAAACCGAACUCAUUCAAAUUCUCACAAACGACGUUGACGAGUCGAGCUCCGAAAGUGGUACACCAACUGGUUUACGUGGUAUCAAUUUGGACAUGAUGCAAAGGAAAAUAAGUACGUUAGAAGAUGAGAACAAACAAUUGCGUAAUGAAUUUUCCAAAUUGAUAAGCGAGACCAACGAUACCGAGGAACAAGAGGCCCGCCUUGUAAAGGACAUUGCUUCUCAACUCGCAAAUGCCAAUAUGGAGGUGGACGAUAUGGCAGAUGAACUUGGUCGACAAAAAGAAGAAAAUAGGUUACAGCAUGAACAAAUAAUUAGCCUGACUGCUAAAUUAGCUGAAACUGAGCUCAGGUUAGCUCAACUCUUGGCCGAGCAUGAUGAGGUCGGUGCGACUCUAGUCAUUACCAGAGAUAAUCAGAACACCCUUGCUAGUGAACUUGCGGAAUUUAAAGAACGAUAUGCCGAGGUUGUUAAUCUACUAUCUGAAACGCAAGAACAGUUGCGUAAACAAAGAAAACGUGGAAUGCCAACCGUAAGAGGUGGAUCACUGUUUCCUUCGAUGGGUGCUGCACCACAACCAGACUCGAUAGCUUCGGAAUUGGAAUCUUCUCUAUAUUCGGAAUUGAGUCUUGAUUCUGGCAUCAUUACCGAUCGAACGCCAACCUAUAAGAAAGUAUUCGAAACGGUUCGUUGUGCUUCACGAGCGUCCUACUCUAGUGCAGAUAUGAAUCAAUUUCCUCGUAUAGGUUCUAUGACAACAUCAACAUUAUCUAGCGGUUCGAUGGGUCCACGUAUGAGUUCUACUCAAGUUAAAUCUAAUGUAUCUUUUGGUUUUCCAAGUUUCGAUUCUACCGGUCACAGCGAGAGCGAAGGUUCCCUUUUCACUGAAUUUGAUGAUUAUCCAGGACCACAAAGGAUUGGAGUACCUGGUGCACCGGGUGCAGCCGAUUUGGAAGCAGCUUUACGUCGAUUGACACCUGCAGAAGUGCUAACAAGACGAGCAUGUCUGAGUACUGGUGCUGGAUACAACUAUGAUUACGAUGGUGGUAUCGCACAUUCACCUCCGAACUUUUUACCAUUUGGUUGUCGAACACCUGACAGUAUAAUGUCAACCGGUAGCAGUGGUAAUCUAAGCGGUUUCAGUGCUAAUGCAGGAAAUGCCUGGAGAGUUCCAGAGAAAUUACAGAUAGUAAAACCAAUGGAGGGUUCGCAAACGUUACAUCAUUGGUCACGAUUAGCUACGCCUACUUUAGGUGGAUUAUUGGAAGAUAGGCCAGGUGUUAGAACGCGUGGUGGACGUGGCCUUGAAGAUAUUGGUUUAUUGACCUUUACUUUGUCGGAUUUAGAGGAAGACGAGGAAUACGCGAAUCCUGGUAAACUUUUCCAAGAUACAGGCUCGGUGUAUACAUUUACGAAUAGCACGGUACUUCAUCCGGACGAGCAUACGAGUGUGACACCAAGUAUCGUUGGUAGUCGAGUAGCAACGGCACCAAGUAGCGCUGGAAAUUCUGGAAGAAAUAGUCCUAGAACUCGUAGCAGGAGUAAUUCUACCUCGACUUUUUCGACGACACUCGGCUUGGCUAAGAUGCUUAAUGAAAGAGGAAUUAAGGCUGUGACACCUUCCUGCGUAGGUACUUCCUGUGGGGCAACACCUAACGGUGAAAGAAACUUCAUACCAACGGCCACAC